AGGCUGUACCGUAGGUAAUAAAGCUAAACUCUGAGAUAAAUCAAUCAAUCAAUCCUGAGCUCGCGGGGGUCACGCUACAACUGUGCGCUUAGACCCGCCAAACUUUUGCGUGUCGCGUGUCGUGAAAUAGUGGGCGGAACACGCGACGAGGAGACGCCGUUUGGGCUUACCAUACGAGCACAUUUGGCUGCACUAAAGAUAAAUCAACUAGCGACGAGCCGGGGCCUAGCUCGCGGGUUUCCAGCUGCCCUCCGUUCCCGUCCGCCAUACAGUCGGCUCAGGGGCUUAGAAAGCUACAUUCUUGUCUGGCUCCGCUCAUGCUAAUCGCCGACGGUUUUUGAUGAAGCUGGGAUCGAGGUCAGCUUCACCGUUCUAUACUUUGCGAAACAAACUCUUAAUUCAUGAAGACGCAGAUUUGCAGCCAUUGGAAGGCCAGGAAGCUUCUGUAUUUUGGGAAGAUCUUCAAAGGGAGACCAGCUCGCGGAAACGCAUAUAUGGUAUUGCAAACGCGCACAGGAUCGAACGCGAGCUUGUGGAACGCUUUGGUGUUUUCAAAGCAUUUGUGGCACAUCCAUAUUCGUAAGGUGGCGACGUCGUUCUUUUUCUUCUAUUAUCCAUUAAAAUUCAUUAUGAUUAUACAGGCGGAGAUUGGUGCAGUGCACAGAGUCCGUGCUCAAGGACCAACUAAUAGGGGAUCCGAUCCUGCCUCAGCAUACCUGCCUGGUAUUGCUAUUCAUGGCUUAUCGGGGUAAAAUGCCGAUAAUUAAAUUUGUUUUACUGGCAUGCCUGUUGUUUGCAGUACAUCCAGUGUUGAUACUCACAGGCCUGGUAAUGCUUCAGUGCCUGCACAGACAAAUGAAGGCACCAAAAGGCAAGUUUACUCGUGGAUCCUUAUCCAAGGUCUCAACAAUUGAUGCAGUAGUCUAUGGCGGUGGAUUGAGGGGCCUUUACACUGCCGCACUGCUGGCACGUGCAGGGGGGAAGGUGACAGUGCUAAUACCACAGUCCCGUUGUGAAGGUGGGGCCACUGCUUGUCUGGAUGGUGCUCCAUGCGAUUUUAUUCUGGAUCGAUGCGAAUUUGGACAGGUGUCGCGCUAUGAGACGCUGCUCUCAGUGUGUUUGCAUGCAAGUAAGCCAGUGAUUUUCGAGCCUAUCGGUGAUCAACGGACGGGUUGGGCACACGGAGUCCUCGUUGUUGGUGAUCACUGUCAUCCUGUUCCGCUGCGCAGUGGUGCAAAGGCAUGGGUUAAUGACCUCUCUCGCGCAUCUGGCGCCGACAGACGCAUGCUGACAAUUGCGCUAACACAGGCCAUUGCGGUGUAUAAUGAAUUGCUCCCUUUUGUGCUAACCAAGAUACCCUACAGCGCCACCCUUCUAUGCUGGCUUGGAGUAGGUUGCCAGCGAAACGAGACAAUACCCGGCUUCACCGCUGCUGCGUGUAUAACAGUUUCUGAGGCUGCCAGUCACAUCACGCACAUCACCAAUAAUUCUUCAUCACCCACAAAUAGUCAUUUUGUGCGCUCCUGCACAGUCUAUGGCCUCCUCAGAGAAGAACAUGCUCCAAUAUGCGAAGUAUCGUUCGCGGCCUGGUCUGCAUCUGUAGUCCAUGGAAUCAACGGAUAUCAUAUUCCCAAAGGAGGAAUCUCUCAGCUCUGUGCCUCCCUCCAAGCUACCGUUCAAGCAAAUGGCGGCCAGGUCCUAACCAAUGCAUACGUUCGCGCUAUCAGACUUCGAGACCAUUCACGCAACUUGAUCCACAUCGCCUCGACUAUAGGAGAGUUCACCACAGAUAAGCUAGUGCUUGCUGUGGAUGCUAUAGAGUGCUUUCGGCUUAUUGACCGCACCAAAGAUGUUGCCGGAAUCUGUCCUCGAAGAAACAGCAAGACCGUGUCACCGUCCAACCUAAAAGGGCCCAGCAUCCGUCAGGUUGUGCGAACCCUAAUUGCUUUUCCUGGGACUUGUAAGGAUCUUGAUGCUCCCAAAGAUUUGCCCAUCUUCUGGCGAAAGCAAAGUGCAACCUGCAAUGACCCUAAGGUCCUAGAUUGCAAGACAAUUACCCUCCGGGACUCGCCAAAUGGUGUCGCUUCUUGUGUUGUGGAGGGCCCCGUAUCGUCGCUGUGGGUCAAUGCCUUUGGUGGAAAUGAUACUGCCACGGAUACUCGUAACAGACUCCACAAUGACAUCCUCAGUACAAUUGCUCACCUCUUCCCUCUCACUCGAGGCAGAGCCUUGUACAUCAAUACAUUGGCGCCGUCACCACGAGGCUUCUCUCACACCCCAGCAAGAUACUUGGUCGGAAAGGAUGCGUUGGGACCCGUCAUUAAUGGGCUGAGUGACAUUUUCCUUGCGCUCGAUGACUUUGCUGUAUCGAACUCUGCUGGAUCCGUGAUAGCGGGGUAUCUAGCCGCCCAUACAGCGCUUGGCUACACAAGAGCCGCAAUAAUAUCCCAGCUUAAUCAGGACCUAACCUAGAGGAAUGUUCGAUUGAAACAGACCACCAUUGCCUUUUUGGGGGAGGAAGACGACUCCUGACGCUGACAGCGUCACAAUCAAUACAUUUAUUCCCUGCAAAUUACCCCAAAGGCUGUCAUACGAUGGCAACAGUGUCACCUGCGGCUCUGAUACUACUAUCAGGGAGGUUCAUAUGGCAGGUGACGACUCAAAAAACAACAUUUCGCUUGGGGUCUGAGUCAUGCCAGACACUAUUUUGCGGUGCCGGUUGGCGGUUGACUUGAAAUCGCGCUUCAAGUUCACUAUCCAGAGAGCGAAAAUAUAGUGCCAGCGGCCAGGCCCGGGCGUCCUUGGCGCGGCUGCCGGGCAACGCUGUGGAGUUAAAUGAUUCCUGCCCCUACCACCGCCACGGACCAAGGUCACGGUAGCGUCAGCAUGACUACCACGGCGGUGAGUCGGAGAGCCAGUGUAUUACUUGUGCACUACGCCGUCUACGGUACUUAGUAUAUACAUACCUCAAUUUGCGCUGGCCCGGGGGCAUGCUUCGAACUGGAUUUGUAGUAGAUAACUUGAACCUAUAAUU